AUGGACCUUCAACACCUUCUCCUCUCUCGUUUCAAGAGAUUAUUGACACCGUCGAGUAGUUGUGUCGAGAGAAUUUUCAAUGACAACCCUUCUUCCGAGAGUGGUUGUAUUUUCAGCAGACCAUUGUUUACCAUACAAGCCACGAAUCUGAGAGUUGUCAUGAUGACGACAACCAUGCAUGAUCCAACAGUGCAUGAAGAUGUCAAACAAGGUCUUCUCGAUUUUGGAAGAGAUGAGUCUCCAAUGAAACAAAGUUUUGAGAUUCCUUCCUCUCAAUGGCUCACUGGUUCUUUCCCGAAUAUCAAUGACAGGGACAACAACAAACCAGCACGUUAA